AUGUCUCGAUUUGACAAACUGUCACACUUUGCCACAAAGUACAUACCAACCAAAUCGACUAAGGCUAGAAAAUUUGAAUGGGGACCUGACCACACACUCAAAGAAAAGGUAGUUGGGUUGCGACUCCCAAUUUAUGCACAAGUGGUGCAGGCCACUUUGAUUAACGAAAGAGAACUCAACGACUAUUAUAAGAUCGGGGAUGAAAAAAGGGCCACUCCACAACAAAGAGAACAUAUUCGAAAUAACAACCAAGGGUAUGUUGCUCCAAAACCCUAUUCUCAGAAUAACCCUCGUCCACACCAGCACAACCAACCCUGGAGAAACCCUAACCCCAAUCCCAACUCUAACCCAAACCAAGGGCAAUUUCAGUUACAGAAUCAGUACCCACCCCAAAAUCGAAACCUUAGAUGCUUCCAUUGCAACCAGGAGGGUCACUUCCGGAGUAAUCGCCCUCAACUCGUCGGAUCUGGAAGCUCUGGAUAUGGAGGACAGAAUCAGAACCAAAACAAACCAACUGGGUUUAGCAACCAAUUCAGAGGUCAGAAUCAACCCCAUAUCGGUUGGAACCAACAACAGUCUCGCCCACCCCAGAACAACGGAGUAAACGGACAGAUGCAGCCAGCUGCAGGAAGAGCGUUUGCAUUGCAAGGAACCAAAGAAGAGUUAGACCCUUCAGUAAUUCAAGAUACCUUCAUUCUUUAUACCACAUUCGUGCAAGCAUUAUUUGAUUCUGGAGUUUCGCACUCAUUCAUAUCUGCUGUAUGCGUAUCUGCACUUGGAUUAGAAACUGAACCCUUAAAGACGACUCUGCAUGUGACUUCAACAUUAGGGGGUAAGAUUUCGGUAGUACAAAUCUAUAAGGAAUGCGAACUAGAAGUGUCAAAUUUACGAAUAACAUGCGACCUACGAGUAAUCGAAAUGACGGACUUUGACGUCAUACUCGGGAUGGACUGGCUGACUGCACACUGA